UGCUAGCUCGCCGACCACAGAUGUGAGCGAGUUUGUUGAACCAUGCGUGUUAACAGCAGCACUGAGCCACCAUGGUAGGUAGUACAGUAUACGAGCAGAGGCAGACGGACAUUGUCCGGGAGAGAAUGGACCGAGUUCACGUGUUGUAACCGGCGCUAUCUAAAGAAGGUGAAGUUGGGAAGAUUUCAACGGAUACGGCGCUCCUGCUCCCCCACUCUCGGACCACUUUCUGCAGCGCCUGGUUGAAUCCAGAUUUUCGCUUUUCCCAUCACUUUUUUUGUUUACAUUUCCUGGCACUCGACAAUUGGUGAUAUAAAUGAUGAAGUUUAAGCCCAACCAGACGAGGACGUACGACGGAGAAGGGUUCAAGAGGAGAGCGGCGUGUUUGUGUUUCAAAAACGAAAAGGAGGACGAGGUGCUACUGGUGAGCAGCAGUCGACAUCCAGACCAGUGGAUUGUGCCAGGAGGAGGAAUGGAACCAGAGGAGGAGCCCUGCGGUGCCGCCGUCAGGGAGGUGUACGAAGAGGCUGGUGUGAAGGGAAAGCUUGGCAGACUACUCGGGAUUUUUGAGCACAAUCAAGACAGAAAGCACAGGACAUACGUCUAUAUCCUCAUUGUGACGGAGACACUGGAAGACUGGGAGGACUCUGUCAACAUUGGGAGGAAGAGGAAGUGGUUCAAAGUUGACGAAGCCAUCAGGGUCCUGCAGAGCCACAAGCCUGUCCAUGCGGAGUAUCUACGCAGACUGACAAACACCUGUAACCCCACCUGCAGUCCUGUGUGUAGCCCCACUAACGGCAACACCCCGAGCUCCCAGGCGACGGACAACAACACACCUCACUAUGUCGUUUGCUCCACACAGGGCUCAGAUCUAGUCAACAGAUAGGAUCAACAGCAGCAGCAAGCAGUUGUUCAAAGAGGACACCGGGAUGGACAGACCAUGUGGAAAAGACUUAUGCAUUGAUUGCAUUACUAAUGCAGCCUCUUAAUAUGUACAGUAUGGACUCCCUUGAGGUUGAUUUGAAACUGAUUUGGAGUGGGCUUGAAGAGUGCCAGAAUAUUUUCCAAGUAUAUUUAAGAUUUUGUAUGUAUAUUUUUUAACAACCAUCACCGGCUAAUUGAGCAAAUGUGUCCCUUAAGGUGUUUAGUUUAAAAUGGAUUUGCUCAAUGUGCUGCAUAUUCAAUUCAAAGGUCCUUUUUAGUCCUUCAUGCUGAAUAUUUGAUAGGCAAGCACCAAGUGUUUGAGUGGUUUCCUGGAGGCCAGUACUGGGAAGUGUUUGCUCUUAGAGGAAGUUAUAUCCCUACAGUGAGACUCAGUGCCAAAUGAUGCCAUUGUGCAAGCCAUUUUGAAGAGGUGUUGCUUUCUGUGUGAAUAUUUUGUAACAGUUCAGCUUUUUGUAAAUUGUUACAACACUUUGGGAGUUAAACUAAUGUCAUGAGUCUUGUGAGAUGUUUCGUUUAAAGAGAGCUGAGGGCAAAGUCUGCUUUGAUACCACAAGCAUAAACAACAUCGCUCCUCCUGUAAUUUCCACCUUAAAAGUACACACUGUAUCAUCUCUAAUCACAUGUAACAGUGUAAUAAAGAUUAGCUGAAUAUCUGCAAACUUGCUACCACACUCAAAUGGAGACUUAAAUUGUCCUUCCUCAAACAUUGUUUUAUUUGUACCUAUAUUUAAUGUUGCAAGGCUGAGCAAAUUAGAGUGUAUUUGCACAUUUAGAUGAAUAUCAGCUUUUGUUUAGUGGAGCAGAACUGCGUAAUCAAAACUUGCAAAUGUGCCAAAGAAAGACCAGUAUCAUCAAUCCUGUUAAUGUUUCAGAAGACAAUGAGGAGGCCCUGGCGUUAGAGGAGAGUUACAGUGUGUUUUUAGGAUGAUUUGUUUAAGUGCCUUCACAAACACAAUAGGAAAUUGUGUUUAUUUUGUGGACGCUGUGCACCUAAAAGCACUGACUGGAAGCUGACUGGACAAUCUGCUGUAGACACACUGUCAAAACCAGUCCCUUAUAUUUCUCAGCUGUGCUUGGAUUUAAGCAAUAGACUGUUGAAGGAAAUGUGGAAUUGUUACAAUUGAAUGUACAUUAUUUAAUACGUGUUGACUGGAUUUAUUUAUUCAUGUUUCAUGGGGGAAUACCCCUUCCCAUCAUGAACAGGAAACUAUGACAGGAAGUCAUGGUCAGUGUGUAGGCCACACUUUUUUUUUAACACCUUAGAAAGAGAGCGGAAAUUAUGUGAAAAUUUUAGUUUAUUGACUAUCAUUUGACGCUUGUGCUUAAUGGA